AUGGCUAUCGGCACCGCGGCAACACAUAGAUUCCUUGCUGUCAUCCCAGAUAAGAUAGGAGUGCUGGGUAAAAGGAUGGAAGUACGCGGAGAACAUAAGAACGGUGUCAAGCUCCUCAUCGAAAGCGGCGUUAUAAGCCUCGGUGGUCCGACUCUCGUUUCGCACCCACUUGUCGGCGAGGAGCCACAGAUAAAUGGAAGUGUUUUGCUGCUGAACGCAGACACACAAGAAGAGAUCCUAGAGAUUGUGAGGCAGGAUAUCUACACCACCUCGGGAGUUUGGGAUCUGCAGAAUAUUCGAAUUCUCCCGCUCGGAUUCUAA